CAGAUUUUUCGGAUCAACACUGAAAAUGCUUGCAAAAGAGGCUGUUUAUUUCGAUGUAUUUUAUGUGCAAUAUAUGUAGAGACAAGCGGUGGAAAAGAAGUGCUGUCUCAUAAGAAACCUUACCUAUAGCCUUGAAUGACAUGCAAUGAAAAAUGUUUGUGAGCUCAUCCGACUUGAAUACAUGCAAGUUUUUCCAGCAGGCAGAUCAACACGAAGAUCUGGGUGUGAGGGAAGCGGGGGAGGGGAGAGCACUCCAUGAUUUGUUGGGCAGGAGUGACCUUUGUGACCCAAGAACCCUUAGCCUUUACCACUCCAUGUUCUACUGCAAUUUUGCCACCCUUGCUAUUCUGGAAGUAUGUCUGUGAUAUGUGUGCAAAAAAAAGCAACGAAAAAAGCCUACACUUUGUGAGUUAAGUGCAACCUUGCAUGGUAAAAACCCGGUCUGUUUUAACAUUUAACAGCAUUUAAUAAUAAACCAGUAAUUGCAAUUUCACCAAUAUGUUUCAUCUCUAGAUUACUUAAUCCACAAGUUUGGCCCUUGGUCUCCUUUGAUUCGUUAGCAAGUUAAUUAUUUAUUGUUCAAUGAUGUUUUUCUUGGUUUAUUGCGGAACAAGGCACGAAAAACUUGUAAGUAUACAUCGGUUUUUACUUACGUUUCUCAUCGUUGGUAUUUUGGUUUUCUAUGUUGCUUAUUCAGCGGAUUCAUGUCUUUCCAUUUCAGUGAAUUGCUCGUUCGUGUAAAUAAAAGUCAAGUUCAGUGUAUCUCAAAUAUUAGCCUUGUUACCGCAGUUCAGUAGCGAACAUUGGGUUCCUACAUCAUUCAAAGAUUUUCUUGGCAUAGAUUGUUCAUGAGAUGUCAGAUGAGGCGAGAAGUACGUUGCCUCAACAGGAAUUAUCGCCGAGCGAAGAUCUUUGCAUCGAAACUACAAGCUUGCAUCAUGUUGCACGAUCCGAAACUGUGGGUCCCCUGGAAUUUGUUCGCACUACAAGACAGAAAGUGCUGUCGAAGUUUAUGGAUUCAGAAGAAGUUCAAAGUGGAAGGGCGAUCGAUCUAAAGGCGAAAAGGGCAGGACACUUAGGAGACCUAAGAAAGAGGUUGAAAUUUGUUCAAAGACUUAUCUCUGAACAUGCGAGCGAAGAAGUGAUUCAAGGUGUAGACGAUUACGAGAGUGCUUUACACAGAUUUGUUGAUGCUCACGAGACUUACUUGAAGUUUGAAGACAACGAAGAAAUGGUAAAUACAGCCAACGAAAGUUACGAGAAGGAAAAGGAGAACACAUUUCUCCUCGACGUUGAGCUCAACAUGUGGAAAUUAAAGAUGAAACACAAUACGAAGGGAAUGUUAAGAUCAGUUCACAAAUCACGUCGAUCAAGAAAUACUGGGAGAAGUUCAAAUUCCAGUAGGAGCAGUGUGAGAGACAAGUGGAGAACACUUGAAGAAGCACAACUAAAAGUGGAAGUGCUGGAGCGAAAACAGAGCCUUGAGCGUCGUUUAGAAGAAAAAGUUGACUUUAAGAGGAGAGAACUUGAAAUUGCUGAAGACAGAGAACGAAGCAAGGCUGAGUUGGCAAGAAAGAUUGAAAGGAUGCAGGCAGAAAUGGAAUUCAAGAAGGCUGCUGUUGAUCUUGAGAUUGAGCAAGAAGAAUUGCAAAACGACCACUCCGACAAUGAAACUUUGGUAAGUGAUAUAAUUCCAGCAUUACCCUUAGAGUUGGGCUCUCAUGCAUCACCCACUCAUGUUAGCUUACCAUCAAACGUAUUCUUACCUGUGGAUCCUCUAUUUGAUGCUCAGAAUGUAAUGUCCGAGGCUUUGAAAGUUGAUCAUGGGGUGUCGUCAGCAUCGCUUAUCACCGCAGUACAUGCCACUACCCACUCCUGCUUCUCAGUGGAAAGGGACUUCUUCAAAGGCAGAUGCAAAUGAUAUCACACAGAGUGUAAAUAUGCCAAGGGCAACAAGUUCCCCAACCGCCACCAAAGAGCAGACAUUUCGUACAGAAAGGUGCAAAAGUGAACAGCUUACCCCCCAGCA